AUGGACUUUACAAUCCUGCCGGAAUGGCCUGAACCUAUCCGGCAAAAGCUGGUAGAGCUUAAAGAUGACUUUGAUGAAGGCGAUAUUACUGAGAAAGGCUAUUUAAAGAAACGCACCAAAAUCCUCGCCGCUCUCGGAUCCUUUAACGAACAUACACCAGCACCCGAUUCUAACAACCAGUCUCUUUACGCCUCUGACCAAGCUUCUCUAAUAGAUCAAAGACAAUAUAGUCAGUCUUGCCCUAAUCCCGAUCAAAGCUCUGAUGGCAUCUCGUUACGAACUUCAUCUACUACCCAGCAAAAUGAUUCAGCCUCCAUUGAUGGAGAGCCCUUGACAAACGUUUACUCAUCUUCCCAGCAUUCUAACAAUACUGCCCAGUCUUCUUCUACUGCUGCUGCGGGAUCAUUACCAUACCACCCUGGAGACAAUGGAAGCUUCACGGGGAGCACAGGUAACAACAGUGGCGGUGGACUUUCAGUUCAUCGACCUAUCUCAGCAUACUCAGAACAAGGAUACAAUAUGAACUCUCCAAAUGCUGGAAAUUUUUCUGAAAUUUAUUCCAAUACAAAUAAUAAUAAUACUAGUCAUAGCAGAAACAGCUCUAUUGUUUACAACUUGCCACAAUACCAGCCCUACCAAAAGUAUGUGACUAUGCCUCAACAGCAGCCGCAACAACAACAGCAGUCACUAAGUAGAGCUUCAAGUACUGCAAUCUCCGUUUCUCUUCACCACUCGACUUCUGGCGCAACCACUAAAAGUGGUAUCACGCCUGGCCUCUCCUUAGCCCCAACACCAAAUGACAUCUCCACCGCUGAACCUCCUAAGUUGUUGCGGCCUCUUGACCCUCGUGAAUAUACUGAGGCUGACCUUGAAAUUUCUGCAGAAAUAUCGAUGUUUGAUAAUAUCCCCUCGAUUCUGAGGCACCGUGGUCAAACUGCAAUGUCUCGUAAGAAUGCUUUUGUGUGCCUCGACCCAAAGGGAAAAGAGAUUUCGUCUCUUACUUGGGAAAAGCUCUCCUCCCGCGCCGAAAAAGUGGCUCAGGUUAUUCGCGACAAGUCUGGGCUGUUCCCUGGUGACCGAGUUGGGUUACUUUACGCCGAAUCUGAAGUUAUUGAUUUUGUCGUAGCCCUACUUGGCUGCUUUCUUGCUGGCUUUGUUGGUGUCCCUAUGAACCCAGACUCUGACUUUAAAGACAUCACUUACAUUCUCACAAACACUCAAGCACAUCUGGUGCUCACCACUGAUACAAACCUCAAAAAUCUCAACCGUACUCUCUCGGCUCAACGGCUUUCCUGGCCUAAAAAUAUUGAGUGGUGGAAAACUAACGAGUUUGGCUCCUAUCACCCACCUUCUAAAAAGGCCGAUCCUCCAGCACUCCAGGUUCCGGACCUUGCCUAUAUUGAAUAUUCCCGGUCCCCGAUCGGCGAGCUUCGUGGCAUUGUGCUUUCCCACAAAACAAUAUUACAUCAAAUGACAUGUCUCACUUCCAUUUUAAAGAGCCGCAGCCGGGCUGAAGGUACCUCUAAUAAACGCCCAACAUCAUCAUCAUCCACAACUGGAAAUCGUGAAAUUCUCUUGUGCAACCUUGAUAUUCGACAAUCUAUCGGUUUAAUUAUCGGUGUUCUCCUCACAAUCUAUUCUGGUAAUACCACCAUAUGGCUUCCUCAAGCCGCCUUACAGGUGGACGGACUUUAUGCAAAUAUAAUCACCAGGUACCGCAUUGACUUGAUUUUAUCCGAUUACCCCGGACUGAAACAAGUAGCUUACAAUUACCAAUCAUUCCCACAUCUUACAAGAAAUUUUUCCAAAAAGCAGCAAGUUGACUUAUCUUCUGUAAAGUGGUGCUUAAUCGAUGCUCUUACUGUUGACACAGAGUUUCACGAAGUUCUGCAGGAUCGAUGGUUUAAGCCCCUUGGCAAUAAAAACUAUAGAGAUAUUGUUGCCCCGAUGCUAACCAUUAGUGAACAUGGAGGAAUGGUUAUUGCAAUGCGCGACUGGUUAAAAGGUCAAGAAAAACUUGGCUGUCCUUUGGAGAACCCUUCAUUUGACGAUGAAAACUGCGGACCUACAGAUUUAUCUGAAGUUUUGCUAGACAAGUCUUCCUUAUCCACAAACAAAAUUAAAAUUGUUGCAUCAUCUCCAUCGCGAAAUAGUAUUUCGGAAGAUACUAGAAAGUACAUUCGUGUUGGUGCCUUUGGUUUCCCUCUUCCAGACGCAACUCUCGCCAUUGUUAAUCCCGAAACCUGCAUUCUUGCCCAAACCAUGGAACUCGGUGAAAUAUGGAUUGACAGUCCUUCAUUGAGUGGUGGCUUUUGGGGUCUUCAAGAGGAAACCGCUGCUGUGUUUCACGCCAUUUGUUACGGAAACAAGUCAGCUGUUGACUUGGAAUUUUUACGUACAGGUUUACUGGGCUUCAUUUACAAUGGCAAGGUUUACGUUCUUGGUCUUUAUGAAGACCGCUUACGGCAAAAAAUUGACUGGAGUAACCGAGAAGAAGCUUUGGAAGUUCCACCUCCUCUUAUUAUAAACAACCGAAUAUCUCAAUACCGCUACCACUAUACUUCCCAUCUCGUCAACACCAUCAUGCGUACAGUACCAGGUGUUUUUGACUGCUCUGCUUUCGACACUUGUGUCAAUGGGGAAUUUUUGCCUGUGCUCAUCUUAGAAUCUACGCUUGCUGAGCCUCCACAACUCCAACCAUUAGCUCAUUACGACUAUCUUGCUCUUAAUGAACUUUCAGAAAAGGCCAUGGAUUCAGUUUUUGAAGGCCAUAGAGUCAGAGUGUAUUGUGUUUUAAUAACAGCACCAAACAGUCUCCCUAGAAUUAUUCGAAGCGGACGCUCGGAAAUUGGCAAUAUGCUGUGCAAACGCCAGUUUGACUUGGGCAAACUUCCUGCAGUAUAUGUCAAGUUUGGCAUUGAAAAGGCCAUUCGAUCUCUCCCCGUGGGUCCUGACUUGGACGGAGGCAUUUGGUCUGCUGCUGUUUCACAAAUGCGCAGUGACUCACUUUUUAGAGCAGAAAAGCAAUACUCUGGUGUUGAUUUCCGUGAUAUUGUUAUCGACGACCGUACUUCAGCUCCACUCUCAGAUUUUGAGUCCAUUGUUCAUAUUUUGCGCUGGCGCGUUUCUCACCAAGGCGAUGAGCUGGCUUACAGUACUAUUGAUAACAAGUCUAAAGAAGUCUCCAUGCUUUCGUGGAAAAAGUUUGACCGUAAGGUUGCAACUAUUGCUUCCAUGCUCAAAACAAAGCUCAUGCUAACUGCAGGCUCCCAUGUCAUUUUGAUGCACACCCACUCUGAGGAUUUUGUCGUUGCAGUCUAUGCCUGUAUGGUUUUGGGCAUCAUCCCUAUCCCCAUUUCUCCCAUUAAUGAACGGCGUCUUGAUGAAGAUGUUCCUGCAUUACUCAAUGUUGUCAAAGAUUACUCCAUCAAAGCUAUUCUUGUCAAUAAUGAAACUGAUAAUGCUCUCAAAACCAAAACUGUGGCCCGUCAUCUCAAGGAUACUGCCAGUGUAUCUAAGCUCCAGCUCCCACGUAUCUACAACACAAGCAAGCCCAAAAUCAUAAAUAAAGGCUGUAAGGAACUAAACUUUUCUCUCCGAAAAGAUUGGCUUUCUCCAGAUCAUACCGCUAUUGUUUGGCUCUACUGGACACCGGACCAUCGAAGAGUGGCGGUUCGUUUAAGUCAUCCUACCAUUAUGGGCAUGGCCAAAAUCCAAAAAGAAACUUGCCAAAUGUCAAGUACCAAGCCCAUAAUUGGCUGUGUUCGUUCAGUUUCAGGUCUGGGCUUCAUCCACACUUGUUUGAUGGGUGUGUAUCUCGGAGCAUCGACAUAUAUUGUUUCACCGAUAGACUACGCCAAUAAUCCAAUCACUUUCUUUUUAUCGCUUUCUCGAUAUAAAGUCAAGGAUACCUAUUCCACCCCGCAGAUGCUUGACCAUGCCAUUGCAACCAUUCGACCAAAGGGAUUUAGUCUUUCAGACACAAAAAACUUGAUUAUUGCCUUUGAAGGUCGUCCACGCACAGAUAUUUGUAACAAGAUUCGUAUUCUCUUUUCUCAAACUGGGCUUGAGAGCACUUCUAUCAACUUGUCCUACGCCCACGUGUUAAACCCCAUGGUCACCACUAGAUCAUACAUGUCUCUUGAGCCGGUGGAUGUGUGGCUUGAUCCCAUUGCCUUACGCAGAGGUUAUGUCACAAUGGUUAACCCAGAGACUUCCCCUAAGGCCAUUCACCUCCAGGAUUCUGGUAUGGUUCCUAUUGGAACCCAAGUGGCAAUUGUCAAUCCAGAAACAUGCAAGCUUUGCAAGGUUGGCGAAUAUGGUGAGAUUUGGAUUUACAGUGAAGGAAAUGUUUCUUCCUUUUACAAAUCCAAGGACCAGUUCAAUGAUGACAGGUUCCGUGGGGUUAUUCAAGACCCCGAUACCAAAAGUUCCGAUGUUCGAUAUGUGCGGACUGGUGACCUGGGUUUCCUACACAAUAUUAAUCGUACCAUCCCAGGAACGUCAACAGUUGUUGAACUCCAAACCCUAUUUGUUUUGGGUACCAUUGGCGAAACAUUUGAAGUUCUUGGUCUCAACCAUUUCCCCAUGGAUGUAGAGAAUUCCAUUGAAAGCUCGCACGCUUCCAUUGUUCGUGGUGGCAGUGCUGUAUUUCAAGCUGGUGGUCUUGUCAUUGCCGUUAUUGAAAGUACUCGGCGCAACCGUGACAAUUUGGCAGCCAUUGUUCCUGUUGUUGUUAAUGCAGUUUUGGAAAGCCAUCAAUUUGUGAUUGAUAUUGUUUCAUUUGUUGCCAAAGACGAAUUCCCCCGAUCACGUCUAGGAGAGAAACAACGCGGUAAAAUUCUGGCUUCUUGGGUUACAAAGCGCCUUCCCCUUACCGGAAAGUUUGGCGUGUCAAAUGGUGAGCAGAAUCUUUUCAAGGCUCUUAAAUUCUCGUCUCCAAUGUUGAGUUCUGUGGAAGAAGUUGAAACGCCGUCUUUUGAAGGCCACGUUCCGCUGUCUCUGGAAGCAGAGACUCUGUUGAAACAACAACAACAGUUGCAUGCCCAGCAGCUUGGGCAGCCGAUUCCUACUAUCCCUGGUCCCUCAACGGCUCCCCUACAAUCUACGCAACCGCUGCAGCUGCCUUCUGUGCAGCAAAAACCAGCAUCUGCACCUUUACCUUCUCAACUUUAG